UCUAAGUAACGCAGGGUGAUGCCAAAUUGCGCACAAACCCAAUUGGACACAAAUGCGAAUUUCUGCCUCCUGAGCGAUAUUGCACGAGUUUUUCAACGAUAUUGUAAGUUAUCUUUAUAUGACGGAGCCUUUUCAAACAUUUAAUGAUCUCUUUAGUCGAUAUACUUAUCCACUAACCUACCCAGUCUCCGACAUUUGAACAUUCCACCCUAUCCUAACCUUACAUAACCAAACCUAGCGUAAACUAAUGUUAAACUACAUACAAUAUACUAUAAUAAGACAUCGUUCCUACCUAAUUCUAUUCCAUCUAUUUAAAAGUGUACAGAAUUUGGAGUAAAAAGUCAUUUGUGUCCAAUUGGCCUAUGCGUUAGUGGGUCCUCUCCAGUAAAGCAUAAAGUAUUUCUAAUAAAUUUUUUGCAAAAACGUAAUGGCAGUGGCUUUACAGGUUGGUGUGGUUGCUGUGUACUAUAUUGUCAACAGCAGCAGCCUUCGGAACUAUCUUCAUAGUAUGGAACAAGUUUCAAACAGAGCCAACUUUUACCGGCUUUAGCGAACAAACUGAAUUUGCGGAUCAAUAUUUCCCCGGAAUGAUGCUUUGCGUAAACUGGACUUUUCUCAAUCAAACAGAAUUAAGUGAGGAUGAGAAAGUAUUUUACGAACAGAUAUAUGAAUGGAAUUGGAAGCCUAUUAACACUACAAAAGGAAAUAAUAUACCGGAUGGUGGAUACAAAACUACUUUUGAGCAACGGACACCUUCAUGUGAUACAAUUUAUCGUAAUUGUAUGGUUGGGGGUGAUAGAAUUCUAUGCGAUGACCUUUUUGUGAAAGAACUAUCUCCGGUUGGCGCAUGCUGCAGACUUAUUCUUUCAAAAUUAAACACCGAUAGACCUUCGAAGAGCGUCACUUUUGAACCGAUUAGUUAUCCAAUCAGAUCAUACAUUGUGGGUGAUCUUGGGUUGUAUCCUCCACGAAACAGGCAACCUACUUUUACAUUCACUAUUCCCAUACAGGUUCAUCUUGAUAUGAAAAUGACUCAAAGUACAGCAUCAUUACGUUUGUUAACUCGUAGACAAAGAGGCUGCAUCUUUUCCGACGAGGAAGAAACAUUGGAUUGCUGUAUAUUACGCUGCCAAAAAAGAAAAAUCUUAGGAAUCUGUGGUUGUCUUCCAUGGUUUCUCGCCUCAUCAGAAGAACCUGAAUGCAGCAUUCAGCAAUAUUCUUGUCUGAUUCAACAUGCCGAUCGACUGCAACAUCCAAAAUGUAAUUGCCGACUGCCAUGUCGUCAUAUUGCCUAUGAUUGCAUAAGAUUCAUUACAAAAAAGAAUUUUAAAUUGCGAUCUUCUUGCGAAUAUGUAAUAUCGCAUUGGCCCACUGUACAAUAUCAACGAAAAACUCUCUUUGGUUGGCUAGAUCUCCUGGUUUCUUUCGGUGGCGUAGCUGGAUUAUUCUUAGGAUACUCUUUACUUACUAGUGUAGAAUUUAUUUAUUAUUUUACUUUGCGAUCUUACUGCGGAGCUGUGCUAAAUACACCCAACCAAAGGCACAAUAUUGUCAGACUGCGCACUGUUAAACCAAAAGCACAAAUGAAUUUAAAUGGCAAACAAAAAUAUUAUAAUUAUAUUCAGUAAUAUUAGUUUUCUUCUACAGAUACAAAGUACAUAUUAUACAUAUAACUUUAAAAAAAAAUUUCAUGAGUUACGUCAUUUGGACAUCUACGAUUCACUUCCUUGUUGUCAGCAUUGUCGAAACUCCUAAGCGGAUUAUUUUCUAUCAACUUCGUGCCUAUCUGAAAAAGUAGCCUCUCCUUGACCUCCUACAAUUGGUCUACAGGGAAAGCUUCAGCACCCAAACUGUACUGCUGAAGGUGACUGCUAAUAUUUAGCGGGCGGUGGACGAUUGCUCACGGGAGGUUUUCUAUUAUUUGCUAGUGUCAAUCUUUGCCGGCCUUAUGCAGGAAAUUAUAUCUCUUGGCACUUCUUCUAUCUUGUGUCGUAUUUGAGUGAUUGAUCGCGUUAAUGUCGCGUCGAUUUGAUUAUAUUUUCCUUUAUUUUGUAUUUGCGCGUCUGUUACGUCCGCGUGGGAAAUCAGGUUCCACACCCGCGGUCAAGAACUAAAUAUCAAAAGGCCAAUUAGUGGGGUCUGGUUUCAGUCACAUAGUGACCCUUGGAAGCGGCUAUCUCUCAUAUGGGCCCCAGAUUUGGGGAAAGUGAGAUGAACCUUUUAAGAGAAUACAUGUAUAAAAAAUUAUACUUAAACAAUAGUCCUGACCGUUAAAGCUUUUCAUCCAAGUGACAAAUGUGCACUGAAAUCGGACAUUCCUGAUUUUAUGGCUUUUCUUCAAAAACUCCACUGGACUCCUUCCUUACUCAUCUCCGAAGAAAUCAUCCUUGUCCAAUCCUGACCUAGUAAAUUCUUCAUCCCCAUGCAAAACUCCCCGCCGAAAUUUCCAGCACCAAUGAGCCUACUUCGUUAAUCACCACAUACUCUUUUCCUAAAAAUUUCUCUAGGUGAACCAAUAAUAAUAAUCCUACCCCAUCACCCAUUCUCGAUUAUGGAUAUGUCAAGAACUCCACAUAAGAGUGCAUAGCGCACUGUUGAUGUGCAUAAUAGUAUCUGAGAGAACUCCUUACAUCCUAGAAUUCCUCGAAACUCCUAUCGACCUCUCACAGUGACGCCGAAAUCGCUAAUAUUGCAUAAUUCCCUUGAAACUAGUCACAGUGACAAUUAUGAGGAAAUAAUAUUAGUUCAUUACUUUUAAUAUUCUAAGAAUCAGAAAUCCAGUCGACCGAGUGAAACCAAAACAAAUAAGUGCACAGACGCUAUCAGCCGGCACGCGUCAAACACAACAGAAACAUCAGUAAGCCGAUAGCUGAAGAAACCCCUAAUCCAAUUACUUAAAUUAAUCUGUCAAAACGAUCAGUAAAUCAAAAUAUUAAAUAAAAAAGCGACGUUAAUGCAGUGGGACGAUAAACACCGUUAUCCCCACUAGAAUUAACGUAUUCCUAUCGAGGAUAUAAGCAGCGGCGUCCUCGAUAGGAGAUCAGUCUAGACCAGUCACUCAGACUGGUGUACACCACAAGACGACAAGAGGCAAGUGAAGAUUUGGAAAGUAGAAUUAUCAAAAAGCUAGUAGAAAACUGAUCCUCUAUUCCAGAGCCUACCAAUGAACAGUAUUGUACUGCAAACUGUGGGAACUCAUCCUUAGCAGUUCCUGGUUUUGGAAAAUAUUGUGCCUCUACCCUGUAUCAGGAAAUCUGCCAUCCAUGUAGAUCUGCUGCAUCAAAAGUAUUGUGCUGGAGCUGUCAGAAAUCGACCAAAAAUAUCCAACCAUGCUCCUUAAAAAUCUCAGCUCCCAAUAUCAUUGUGAUUAGUAGCUGUCUGAGUCUAACCCAUCCUCAACAUAAGAGAUUCAGCAAACGGGAUUCAUUGUGAACAUCUAUGAGUACUGAAUCAUUAUCAUCCUCAUCAUCAUCUGGCCCACGGUCAGUGGACGCAUUAUGCAAUCUGCUGUAUUGUGGUUCCAGUUGCCUCUUUCCCAUUCCGAGAGAUUCGAAGAGAGAAUAAGUAAAUAAACACACUUCUUGUCACCUACAGUACGAUAAUAGAACUAGAGAAAACUAUAAGAGUGCGUAUGUGUGUGAGAGAGUGGAAUAGAAUAUUAAGGAUAACUUAGAGUGUAAUCUAUAGGACAAUAU